ACGAGAUUGUCUACUCGACAGCUUGUCGCAUCUCGGAGAUUUCGCAUCGAACGAAUGUCUUUUGGACAAUGGCUCUGGCCCCCGUAUAAAAUGUAAUUCUGAAGAAUUGGCGUUCGUAGUUUGAAAUUUCGGAAGUAUUGGAUUUCUGAAAUAUUGUCAUUCUAAAUAUUGUUAAUUCUUUAUUACGAAAGAAUAAAUAUUGUAAAUUCUGAGUAUGUGUUGAUAUAAAGAUUAGAGAUUCGAUGUUUUUGACAAGGUGAUAAUUUGUCAUUCUGAAUUAUGAACCAUCUUUAUUUUUAACAUUCGUAACUGUGAGUUUCUGAAGUUGGUAUACUUCUGAAAUUUUUACGGAUGCCAAUAGUUCGUCCUAACGGACAUGUUAUACAACGUACUACUCUGGCAAAAACGACAUCUAGAAAUCGUGACAAAAGUACCAACGCAACAUCUGGAAAUCGCGACAUUCGUCCAGCGUGACAUUUGGAUCGUUACACUGUACGUAAAAUGUGACACUCAUGCAAGUGCGACGUCUGAAAAAAACGACAUCUAGACAAGUCGACAAUGUUGCAAACGUGACAUUUGAAAAACUCACCAAUCUGAAAAUGGGACAUUUGACAAACACGACAGUCAAGCCAACGAUAAAUGUGGUAAAGUCGACAAAUAUGUUAUGUGACGUUUAGAAAUAUGGACAUCUUUGCACAAGGACAAUUGUACAUUGUGACAAUUGUAAAAUUUGACUUUUGGAAAUGUUACCACUCACUUACAAGCGACAUAUGGAUAACGUGACAGUUGAACAUAGUGACACUUGUGAAAAGGUACAUUCGGAAAAAUAAUUAUUUCUACUUACCAGCAAUGAAUUUAUAAGAAAUCCGUAGAUAAAGUAGAUUUCUUAUGGUAAUGAAACAUGGAAAGAGAGAGGACAUACAUUUUAAAUAAAACUCUAACUAAUGCAGCCAAAAAAUUAUUUUAAUAUGUUUAAUAAAUUUUAGGAUAAAACAAUCCAAUUGAAAAUAUUAAAUUAAAUUUAUUUAUCAUUAUCACUAACUCAAAUUGAUAUUAUUCUACGUACAUAAUAAAAUGCUAUACAAAUAAUGUUAAUUAAAAAUAAUCUCGUAAUAUAAAUUUUUUUGUACCUAAUUGAAUUUAUGAAAUCAAACUUACUUACCAUGCUCUUAUACCAGCUAUAUUCUGAGUACACUAUCUAAUUCUAUAAAAAUAAGAAUAAUUAGGAUAUCUUAUCACUAAUAGCUAGGACUCUUGGUGAUUUUCGAAACGGAUAUUCUUCCGAUGAUGACACCAACAUGGAUUCAGAAAAUGAAGUGAUUGCAGAUGUUGAUACUGGUAAUUCCGAUGAUGAGACUAAUGGAGAUGUAGAUAAUGAAGCUGCAGCUGUUACUUCUAGCAAUCCCGAUGAUGUUACUUACAUGGAUUCAAAUAAUGAUAUUGAUAAUGAUUCGGAAGAAUCCGAGGCUGACACUAUCAUUCUCGAUUUUGAUGACUAUUCUCAUGGCAAUGUUCCUAAUCCCGACCUAAAUGGUGCUGAUGUUGCCUGCAGUUUACGGCGCGACGCGGUUACACCUGCGGACUUGAACAACGCUAUCAGAAGUGAAGAAUGUAUGACUUACAUGGCCGCUGUUCCGAACGUCUACUACAAGCCCUGUGGGCACUAUACUUUUUGCGAAGCCUGUCAUAAGAAGAUGUUGAAUGAUGUGCUAACCGAGGGUGGUGAUUUCAUAUGUCAAAUGUGUCAUCAGUAUGUAAACGAAGUUUUUAUUAUUUAAAAAAACUUUUAAAAACGGUGUCAAAGAUGGUCUUCAGCAAGGUUUUAUAAAAAAAAGAAAUUUCGUUUUGAGGGUACUCUCAGACACUGCCCCUUCCCUAUUUCGAAAAAAUAUUCAAUGACUUUUCACUUUCAUAAGCGUAUCAAAAUUUUAUUAACAAUUGGAAUAAAAAUUAAACAAUAAAUUGAAAAAAAAGACAAUGUAGUUGCAAUUUCAUUGUCAUGUGGAAUU